AUGGAGAAGUUAUGGUUUAGUUUGGAGCUAAAAGUAGAUAUCUGCUUAUGUUACAACUCACCAACAUCUUUACUUCCACAGCAAUUGUUGAUAUCUUCCAGAAAUCUGGAGUUCUUCACCAAUGGCUAUCGCUAUCUGAUUCUGAUUCUUCCUGCUGCAGUUGUUGCACCCAUGUACUUCUCCGGAAAAAUUGAAUUUGGUGUCAUAAAUCAAUCCGUAUCUGCUUUCAAUCAUAUUCUUGGAGAUUUCUCAGUCGUUGUGUACCAAUUUCAGGCAAUCAGUGCCUUUUCAGCUGUCAUAAACCGACUAGGGGAAUUUGAUGAUGUUUUGGAUACCAGUAACCGUAAAAGUCUAUCUGGUCCUUCAAAAGAGAUUCAUCUUAGAUAUUGUGAUAUAGAAAAUUCAACUUUCUUGAACUCUAAUGGAUCUGUACCCAUUGGCAACUGUAGAAUGUUACUGGCUAUUGAGAGUUUGACCCUACUGACACCAGCAAGUAAAGCAAUGCUUAUCAGGGACUUAUCAUUAGAGAUUUUUGAGAAGGAUCAUUUGCUGGUUAUGGGACCAAGUGGGAGUGGUAAAACAUCAUUAUUAAGAGCUAUUGCUGGUCUUUGGAGUACUGGGAGUGGAGUAAUCAGAUUCUAUGUGAAAAAUGCAAAAGAUCCUGAACCACCGUUACCUGUAGAUGUGGCUCCUUGUGUAGUAACUGCCUCAGAUGAUGUAUAUUGGGACUUUGGAAGACCCAUAUGUGGAAAUUCAACAAGUGUAUUUUUCCUUCCUCAGAGACCAUAUAUGGUUUUGGGAACACUUCGUCAACAGUUGCUUUAUCCUACAUGGACUGAAGAUUCAGUUUCAAUGUCAGAUACUUCUAAACCCACUGGUAUAACAUCUGAAUUCUAUCGCUAUGUUGUUUUAGCUAAACUAAAUAACUGA